CGCGGGGAGGAGGAGGAGGAGGAAGGCGGGGGGAUGCUGCUCCCCUCCCUCCCUGCCUCGCUGUCUGCCUGGCUGGCCGCGGCCGGAGCAGCGCGCAGGCGGCACGGGCAGCCCGGCCGGGCGGCACGGCGGGCUGGGCGCGGAGCCCUGCGCAGCGCUGCGGAGCCCGGCGGGCUCCGGCCGCCCCCCGAGCCCCCCGCCGGGGCAGCGGGCGCCGUGCCCUUCUGGGGAGUGCAAAGAAGAAACCAGCAGGUGCUGAGGCAGGACCAGCCCACAACUGGAAGAUGCUACUUGUGGUUCAGGUUUGGAGGCUCAUUUUGCAGUGGCUGCACGCUGCCACCAUGGCACCGAGGCUCCCAGGAAUGGGGCCCUUCUCCCUCCUCAGCCUUGGAGUCCUGGUCCUGCUCCUGGCUCUCCCUGCUGAUGCUGGGCUCUCUCAGAAGCACGUUUCGGACGUCGUGGACGACAGCAAGGACAACAUCACCAUUUUCACACGCAUCCUGGACAGGCUCCUGGACGGCUACGACAACCGCCUGCGGCCUGGCCUCGGAGACAGUGUAACUGAAGUCAAGACAGACAUUUACGUGACGAGUUUCGGCCCUGUCUCGGACACAGACAUGGAAUACACCAUUGAUGUCUUUUUCCGACAAUCCUGGAGAGAUGAAAGGCUGAAGUUUGAUGGUCCCAUGAAAAUCCUUCCCCUGAACAACCUGCUGGCCAGUAAGAUCUGGACUCCUGACACUUUCUUCCACAACGGGAAGAAAUCUGUUGCCCACAACAUGACCACCCCCAACAAGCUGCUGCGCCUGGUGGACAACGGCACCCUCCUGUACACCAUGAGGCUGACCAUCCACGCCGAGUGCCCCAUGCACCUGGAGGACUUCCCCAUGGACGUGCACGCCUGCCCCCUGAAAUUUGGGAGCUAUGCCUACACAAAGACAGAGGUGAUCUACACCUGGACCCUGGGGAAGGAUAAAUCUGUGGAAGUAGCCAAGGGUGGAUCUCGCCUGAACCAGUAUGACCUGCUGGGCCACGUGGUUGGGACAGAGAUGGUUCGAUCCAGCACAGGGGAAUACGUCGUCAUGACCACGCACUUCCACCUCAAGAGGAAGAUUGGCUACUUUGUGAUCCAGACCUACCUGCCCUGCAUCAUGACUGUCAUCCUGUCCCAGGUCUCCUUCUGGCUCAACAGGGAGUCCGUCCCUGCCCGCACGGUUUUUGGUGUCACCACGGUGCUCACCAUGACCACACUAAGCAUCAGCGCCAGAAACUCCUUACCCAAAGUGGCGUACGCGACGGCCAUGGACUGGUUCAUAGCCGUCUGUUAUGCCUUUGUGUUUUCUGCGCUGAUCGAGUUCGCCACCGUCAACUACUUCACCAAGCGCAGCUGGGCCUGGGAUGGCAAGAAGGUGCUGGAGGCCCAGGAGAUGAAGAAAAAAGAGCCGGUGGCGCUGGCCAAGAAAACCAACAACACCUACAACAUCGUUGGCACCACCUACGCCCUGAACAUCUCCAAGGAACCCGGCCUGCCCACCAUCUCCAAGAGUGCUGCUGCCACUGCCACUGCCACCAGCGUGCCCCCCAAGAUGCCCCGCCUGGAGGAGAAGCUCCCCGAGAGCAAGAAGACCUACAACAGCGUCAGCAAGGUAGACAAGAUGUCCCGCAUCGUCUUCCCAGUCCUCUUUGCCAUUUUCAACUUGGUCUACUGGGCCACCUAUGUGAACCGGGAGUCGGCUAUCAAGGGAAUGAUCCCCAAACAAUAAAACAGGUCACACAAACCUUCCAUCUGUGAGCAUCAUCCCAGCAGGAAUUCUCCAGGGCUUUCUUCUUUUCUUGUUUUGUUUAAUUAUUAUUGUUCAGUUGAUAUUAUGAUUAUGAUUAUUAUUUCACUCUUUUAUAAUGUAAACAAAACUGUGAUUUUAAUUUAAUCCCAUAUAUACUUUGGUUUUGUUUACUUUGAUGAUGAAAGCUAAAAAAAAAUAAUAAGGGAUCAUAACAAGUUGUGCCUCUAACAUCUUAAGUCUGCUGUCACCCAUCCAACCAAGUCCCCCUGUGCUGCCAUCUCUCCUCUGCCACCUCCUGUGGUCCCCAUGCUCUUCAUGCCUCUGCCAUUUCAUGCUGUGGGGCUCCUCCUCCUCUGAGAUGUGCUGCCCUGGCAUGGGGGAUGCUCCUGACACCUGGCUGCAGGGUGUGUCAGUCACUCAGCCAGGCUCCUUUCAGUGCCUGGCACUUCGUGCUGGGUCCUGCACCUGGGCUGUGAAUUCAGGUGAGCUGGUCACCUGUGGGGACAGGGGAGCAGCCUGGCAUGGGCCAGAUUGUGGCCCAGGUGGGGCAAUCCUACCACUGCUGUGGUCCCCAGAGCCAUUGCAGGGCUGGCAGCAUCUUGUAGGCAUUGCAGGUCUUCUUCCUGUCUGUCUUCACCAAACCCAGCUGGUUUUGUCUCUCCAGAGCAGAAAGGUCCUGUCUGGCUGGCAUCCUGCAGUCUUGGGGCAGUUCAUGUUAGCAGGAAUUGUGGUUCCCAUCAGAGAAAUCAUUUUCCUCAGCAUCAGUCAGGCAGAAGCUUUACAAAGCCUUGGAGGAGACGGCAGCUGUGGGGCUGCAUGCACCCAGCAGCAGGACUGGGAACCACAGAGCCCCUGCUCAGGUGGAUGGUCUGUCACUUUCUUAUGGCCCCAUCCACUUAUCCUUCUCAGCAGAUCCUCUCUGUCCCAGCCCCUUCUUCCAGCUUCCCCUUCCCACGGCUGCUCAGCAGCCCUCGUGGGUGCCUCAGUGCUCACACCUGGGUUUAGGCAGGGAUGCUCCCUCCUCCCGUAUCUGAUGGGCAGCAGCACAGCCUGGGGCAGCCCAGCUCGUGUAAAUCCCUGCUGCAGUGCAGGAUGGUCACAGUGGGACCUGGCACAGGGAUGAGCCAGGGCAUGGGUGGUCCCCAAGACUCUCCCUGCCCCUGGUGAGCUGGUGCAUCCUCAGCACCACGGAAAACAGCAGAAGGGGCUCUCUGGAAGAGCAGGGUGACACUGCUGUCCCACAGAGCCACCUGAGCCAGGUGCCAUCCCACAAAGCAGCUGAGGUAAGGCCCAGUCUAACACUGCACACUCCUGCAAGGAGAGCCCUCCAGUGCCUUGGAGAGAGGCUUUUUCUCCCUUCCUGACCACCACAGUGGACCCAAACUGGUGUUUGUCCCUUUCCCAGCACAACGUGGUGACAUCCAAGCCAUCUGUUCCCGGAUCCAUGGGCACACUGUCCUGCAAGGAUCAUCCUGUGCCUGAUAUUCCUCGGGGCAGCACAGUCCUGCUGCCACAGAGGGGUGCACCCCCUCUUCCUUAGGCCUCCUCUGGCUGCCCCCCAGAGCUGCCCCCAGCACGUUUUGGGCUCCUGCAGCCAAGCCAAGGCCCCAGCACCCCCAGGGUGAUGCCUUCAGCAUUGCUUUGGGCCCUGUGCCAGGCUGAGCUUCCCCUGCCCGUGCAGGAGCAGGGCUGAGCACAAGGCACAGGAUUUGCCCCACCUGGAACAUCCAUGGGGGAUAGUCAGGAUGGAGUGAGGGAGGCCAGGGCACGCUGUCCUGCAGGGGGUGGCACUGGUGCAUGUCCUGCCUGUCCCUUACCAACCUCCUGGCUCAACAGCAGUGCAGUCACUCCCCCUGCCCACAGCUGAGAUCUGCAGAGCAGUUUGGAGAUGUUUAGCCCAGUCCCAGUCCCACAAGCACAUCCACAUGGCUGGCAACACUGGGAAGGAGGAACCAGACCCUGCCCCCCAAAUUGCUGCUGAGGAAACCAGCUCUGUCCACAUCCUCUCUCACGGUAUCUGCACCCCAAACCAUGUCAUUUCCACAGUGCCUUCCAUCCCAGGGGCUCCCUCUGGCUGGGAAGACCCAGGAGCUCUCCCACUCUGCCUGCAGCAUCAGGGUGCAGGAGCAGAGGGGAGGGUGCACCACCCCAGCCCUUCUGCUGGGCAGGAAGGACAUCCUGGCUGCUUUGGCACCUGGUUCUGCCUGCUGGGCAUCCUGCUGCUGCUGCAGCCACCCCACUGUGACACCCCAGCUGCCCCAUCACUGCCCGGACGUGUCCCCAAGCCCCCAAGGCACUCCCACACUCCCUCCAGCAGUGAGUUCCCUUCCAGUUCCCUUCCUGCCACCCUUCUGCUCCCUGGGCUCUGCACCAGGAAGGGCUACAGCUGUCUGGUUUAGAAACAUUUUCUUAAAUAAGCUAGAUGAAGGGUCUCAUAAAACAUUCAUGUCACUACAAUACUCAGGCCUAAGUGAAUGGAAUAGAAACCCUACAACAAGCAAAGCCAACACAAUAAAAUGGUCACAAAAGUAUGUUGUGUUUACUAAUGGAAUUACAGCAAGUUUAAAUACUGCAUCCAAUGACUUAGCUGACUUAGCUGGCCCUGAUGCAGAGGGAGUUUCCUCUGCUAGCCUGGGAAUUCCCAAAAAUCCCUUUUUCCCUAAGAGCUACGUUGCUGUCUGUCAGUGCCUGUUUUGUAGAGCUCUCCAUAAACUGUCACAGAAUCAUAGAAUUAAUUAGGUUGGAAAAGACCUUUAGGAUCCUCUAGUCCAACCUAUGACCUAACACCUCCUCAUCAACUUAACCAUGACACCAAGUGUCACAUCCAGGCUUUUUUUAAACAUCCAGGGACUGUGCCUCCACCACCCCCCUGGGCAGACGAUUCCAGUGCCCAGUCACUCUUUCAGUGAAGAAUUUCUUUCUAACAUCUAACCUAAACUUCUCCUGGCACAGCUGGAGGCUGUGUGCUCUGGUUGUGUCAGUGCUGCUGCAGAGAGAGCCCAGCCCCAGCUGAGCACAGGCACCUUCCAGGGGCUGUGCAGAGUGAUGAGGGCACCCUUGGGUCUCCUUUUCUCCAGGGGAGCACCCCCAGCUCCCUCAGGGGCUCCUCUCAGGGUUUGUGUUCCCAGCCUCGUUGCCUCGUCUGGACACAUUCAGGAAUCUCAACAUCCUUCCCAAACUGAGGGGCCAGGACUGGACACAGUAAUGUGUCUCUUACCAUCAGCCCCAAGCACCCUGGGACUCCUUUGCUGCCUGCCCAGGUCGGGUGGGCUCAGUGCUGAGGGCUGAUGCCCAGGAGAGGGGCUGGGUCUCCUGAAGUGCUGCACACAGCAGUGGGGCAGUGCUGAGCCUCCUCCCUCCUUCCUGCAGUGAUCCAGUCACCCUGGGGUGAAUUCCUGCCUGUCCCUCCCCUCUUGUCCCUGCCCAGGACACUGACACUGAUGUGGCUUGCCCGUGACACCCAUCUGCUGGCUCUUCCACACACGGGGCCUGAUAAAGGCUGCCUUCCUGUGCCUCUGGGAGCACGCCUCGAAAGCCAAGUCUGUUCCCAACCAAAGCCUGGCAUGGGCUCUGAGUGUCUCUGCCAGCUGGAAGCUGAAAUACCGGCAUCCUUUGGUUAAAGACAACAAACCAAACAGGAUUUCUAGUUUGGCUUCCAAGCAGGAAGGCAUUUUGGGAAGAUAGUUAUAAAUAAGUGGUUUAACAUCUCCUGCCAGCAGACAUCACAGAGAAGAUAAUGUUCUUUUUUUAUAAAACUGUCAGUGACUCAAAUUAGGACUUUUCCCUCCCAGUUAACACGAGGCUGUUGAUGGGGGCUUCUUCUCAGUGCUUGCCAGGCCAGAGCUAAUCCAGCAUCAAUUACUGCAGUUUUAGGCUUGCUGUGAUAGCAUAUAAGGGUUCCAUUUUUAUAGCUGAUCUGUGUAGAAAUUCAUCUGUAUAUGACCACUGAUAAUCUAACCCACAGUUGUGCAGAGAGUGGACACUGUGAACCUCAAGACUCCAGUAUUUAUUUUCUUCUGUCAAGGCCCAAACUUCCUUGACUUGAAGAGACUCUCCCAGGCAGGGAUUGGAAGUCUUUUGGGGUGCUAAAAAUGAGCUGUUGGUCUGUUUUGCAGCUCGCACCACCUGGAAAACACACAGUGCAGUCCUUCAUUCCUGCUGGAAAUGUCAGAGGGACAUUUUGGCUCUGGCAGCUCACCCCUUCCCUCUUCUGAAACUGCACUUGGGAAGAGCACUGAGCCUAGGGAGGCAGGGACAGCUCCUCUGGGGUCCCUCAGCAGGCAGGGACAGCAGCAUGUGGUCACUGAGGGCUCCACUUUGGUGUCAGCGUGGAGAGCAUCCCUGUGGGGUGACAGGAGAGGGCUGGGCAGAGGUGGUCCCUCAGUGCCACCUGUUCUCCUAAGGGUCUGAUGAAGUCACCCUCACAGAAUUUUUGAAAGCUUCUCAAGCAUCACCCAGCACUCAAGACAGAUCUUCCCCCCUCUGCUUUGUGCACCCAGCUCAGCCCAGGCACAGCUGGCAGCACAGUGUCCCCUGUCCUGCUCCCUGCCAGCUCGGUGGCACUGGCAGCUCCUGCUCUGUUUGCUGCAGGACAUCCCUGUGUGAGCAGACCCCGGGCUGUUCCCAGGCACAAGAUUGUCCCCAGCCUGUCCCUGCUGGCCCAUCCCAGGGGCACCAGCUGCAUCCAUUUCUCAUCCUUGAUUUCUUCUGUCAGUGUGCUGGAUUCCUUCCAGCUGUCCCUGGGGGAGGAUCAAUCCCAUCCCAGGAAAGGGUUUCUCCUGCUGCAGGUCACCUCUCCUAGGAAGAGCCUCUGCCCUGCUGAGAACCUCUGAGACCUUCAGAGGCCUGGGGCUGCUGCCUCUGCCAGGGGUCCAGGAGAGCUCUGCAGCACAGAGGUGCCCUCCCAGCAGGAUUUCCUUGGGAAGGGUUUGGCAGGGAUGUGCAAGUGCUCCCCUGCCAUGUUCUUGGUCCUGGGAGUGGCAGAGAGCUGGGGUGGGCCUGUCCCAGGACACAGUUUCAGGCCCUCUUCCCCCAAAUUUUAUUCCUCCCUGGGGCCACACUUCAGCCCACCCGAUCAGACACUUGUGUGGAUUUUGCAGACUGCAGAGAAACAUUUCCAAUACUCCUGUUGAGGUUGGGGAGGGCUCAGCCAGGGCAAAGGACACAUUGAUGGAAACAUAAACGCUCUAUUAAUAUUAAAGUAGGACGAAAAAACACCCAAGCAACUCACCAAUCCUCUCCAUAUCAAGCUAAACUACUUCUGAAGGUAGUUUUGGCAAGAAGCCACAGCACAGAUGAGAUUGAUGGCUUCCAGGUAUAAAUAUUUACUGUUUGACCUUGUUAUUGUUCCAUCAGCCAAAGGUUUUUACAUAUUUAUAUAUUAAUAUAUAUAUACAUGCGUGUGUGUAUAUUUAUGCUCACAAACUUUACAUCUAAAUGUCAAACCUCUUUGUCUUUGAAAGAUAGAAUGGCCACUUUUAAUUAUUUUACUCCCCUCUCAUUUUCUUUGCUGAAUCUUCUAGAGUGAGCUGAACCCUCCCCACUGAGCUUUGGAGGGGAAUAAAGGGAGCAAGGGAGAAGAGCCUGCCCCCGCUCUGGGGGCUCAGUGCAGGCUUGUUGCACGAAGCAGGGUCAGGAAAACUUAGUCCCCAGUGUCCCAGCUGCUCCAACACAGCCCUUGUCCUGCCCUGGACACGGGCAUGUUCCUGAGAUGCCUUUCAACAGCUAAUUGCUCCUCAGCCCAUGGCACAACCAGGGAAUGAGCAGGGUGAGGUCUCCACCCUCAGUCUGCUUCAGGAGGGAGCACAGCACCUGGUGGGAUCCACUCCAGCUGUCCCUGGCCAGAGGAACACCUUGGCCUCUCUUGCCUAGCUUGGGGGAGUGCUGGCACCUGGCCCCUGCUUGCUGCUGCUCCAGGAGGGAUGCAGGGAUACCUGAGAGUGUGAGCAUUGCUGCUCCAGGAGGGAUGCAGGGACACCUGAGAGUGUGAGCAUUGCUGGUCUGGGAGGGAUGCAGGGACACCUGAGAGUGUGAGCAUUGCUGGUCUGGGAGGGAUGCAGGGACACCUGAGAGUGUGAGCAUUGCUGCUCCAGGAGGGAUGCAGGGACACCUGAGAGUGUGAGCAUUGCUGCUCCAGGAGGGAUGCAGGGACACCUGAGAGUGUGAGCAUUGCUGGUCUGGGAGGGAUGCAGGGAUACCUGAGAGUGUGAGCAUUGCUGGUCUGGGAGGGAUGCAGGGACACCUGAGAGUGUGAGCAUUGCUGGUCUGGGAGGGAUGCAGGGACACCUGAGAGUGUGAGCAUUGCUGGUCUGGGAGGGAUGCAGGGACACCUGAGAGUGUGAGCAUUGCUGGUCUGGGAGGGAUGCAGGGACACCUGAGAGUGUGAGCAUUGCUGCUCUAGGUGGGAUGCAGGGAUACCUGAGGGUGUGAGCACUGUGAGAGGUGCCAGUGGGAGCUGCUGUCCUGAUCUCAGCAUGAAUCAGGACCACACACAGAUCUCGGGUGGUCUGUGAGCAGUGGGGCCGUGCUGAGCAGCCCCUCACAGAGGCACCCAGCACCAGCUCCCUCAGCAUCACCCCUGACUCAGAGGAAGCAUUCAGUGAAGCUGCAAUUGCACUUGUAGCUCCUCUGUUCCCUCCUCUCCUGCUGGGGAGGGCCUGUGGCACUCAGCAGGGGGGGCCUUGAGGUGUCCCAGCCAGGAGAAUGAAGGAUGUCACCAAUUCUUGUCCUGGGUGUGUGCCUGCCUCCCAUCACAGGAAUCUGCUGCUUUACAGCCUUGGGUUUGGGCUGGUCCCAGCACUGGGCAUGUCAUCCUUCACCACGAGUGGGGUGAUGCUGGUGUUUGCUCGUGAAGCUCUAGGACAAAACAGGUUCUGGCUGUUCUGUCCUGUUCUGUCCUGUCCUGCUCCUCCCUGUCCCAUUCCCCACCAGGGCAGAUCUCUCCUGUACAAAACUUCACCAGUUCCAUCUGCCGAGAGAGGGAAGCCUGGCUUCAUGUUUGCUGCACAAGCCAGGGUGCUCCCACCGUCUUUGAAGGCUCUUGGCUCUUCUCUUCAGUGCUGCUUGAAGGCUCUGUCAGCUUGAUGAGACCAUUGGCUCGUGUUGCACUGUGAGCUGCACUCUGUCUCCCCUGAAAAGUCUGUCGGUGCCUCCUGCCUUUCUGCAAGGCACCCAGCAAAUGGAACAGCAGUCACACGUCAAAUGAUUUGAUUUUUGCAACCACAGAACGUAGGGGCAGAGCUGGGAAACCUGAGUCUCUGCCACACUGCCUUUGCCAGGCUGCAUUUAGAGUGGAAGGGUUCCUCCCUGCUGUCACGAGGGAGUUUCUCAGCCCCCCCAGUCCAGCCAGGUGGACUCGAGCAUCCCGUCACCAAGCAGAUUGUCACUGUCACCUGACUUGGGACAGCUGCAGGCAAAUGUCCUACCUGAAGGUGAGGGCACCAGCUGCUCCUUUAGUACAGAGGGUGGCACUAGCAGCAUGCCAGGGCAGCCCAUCCUGAAAAAGAGCACACCCAGCACAUCAGAGAACACAACCAUUGUCACUGCCUCGGGUCCAGUCUGUGUCCCUGCACGUCCUCAGCUUUGUUUUCCAUCUUGUGAGACUUUCUUUACUCCACUAUGAGAAAGGAUCUAGCUGGCAGCAGUUUAAUGCAUGACAAUCCUGUUAUUACAGCUGUAAAUAAAUAACAUCUAGGAGGAAAAAAGCAUUUUUAAAACUUUUUGUUGACUUAAUUUUCACUAUUGAGUAGCUGGUAGCCACUUUCUUAAGGGAUUUCUCAUGGAAACUGUGACCUUUAUUCUCUCUAUUUCUCUCUCUUCGUCUCUCUCUCUUUCUUUCUGAGAUUUUUUUCUGUGUUUCAAAUGCUUUUUGGUGCAAUGUUCAAUGCCUGUUUGUAUUUUUGAAUUGUAUUUUUCAACCUUUGCUGGAAAAAAGAAAAAAAAAGGCCCAUUCUAAUUGGCAGGAUUUUUAGUCCUGCCAUUUUUUUCAGCUUUUAGCUUUUUCAGUAAGUUAAAGCAACAGAAAAAUGCCUCAAAAAUUACAGUGAAGUUCUGAGGAGAGAUUAGAAAACAUCAGAAAAAAGAAGUACAUGAGUAAGAUCAGCAAGCUGAGUGGAGGAGGAGGAGGACUCUUGUGACACCUACUAACCUCCUGAUGUAGCACACAAGGUGGGACUAGACCUCUUCACUGAAUUGAAUCACUCUGCUGUUCCACUCUACCCACUCUCUCGAACUCCAAUCAAAACAAAUAAAAAUUCAUAUUUUAAAAAAAA